UCCCAAGCUUCCGGUAGAGUGCAUGACAGUCUGCCAGCUCGAGCACCUAACUGUUCAAUUAUGGUGCGCGUGCGAUUCGCGUUCUCCUGCUUUCCUCAGCUCUGACUCCUCAAAACUCCGUAUAAGGGAAGUAUGAGCAAGGAAGAAAUGGUAUGCCGACCAUCGUCGCUGAAGUUCACCAUUGAUAACAUUCUCAACAAGGACUUUGACGGAAUUCGCUCUAGAUCGCGACUGGACGCGGAGAACCGCUGCGCAUCGUGUGAUGACCUGAAAUAUGUCUCUGCGCAGUCAGCAUUCCGCCAAACAGCACCCAGUGGAACCGAAACGCACGCAAACUCUCCGAGCAUCUCGGUGGAUGGAGAAGACGAGGAAAAAGAGAGUGGGAAGUGUCCGAAAAGCGAGGACACGAACAGCUGCGACGACAGCCAGGAGCUCCAUCUGAAAGGCAAGAAGAGCAGAGCGCUCACCAAAAAGAAAACGCGGACCAUUUUCUCCAAAAGACAGAUCUUUCAGCUGGAGUCUACUUUUGACAUUAAGCGGUACCUCAGCAGUGCUGAGAGGGCGUGCCUGGCCAGCUCCUUACAGCUCACAGAAACCCAGGUAAAGAUCUGGUUCCAGAACCGCAGGAAUAAGCUGAAGCGGCAGCUCUCUACGGACUUUGAGGGGCCGUGCCCUCCUGAACAUUACUCUGAUGUGGCCAAAGUGAUGCAGCUGCCUAAUCCUUACAAAGACAGUGUUGGGGGGGACGUUCUGGGAGGAUGCUUGUUGCCAAUGCCAAUCCCAGUUAUGUAUCAUGGAAGCACUGCGCCUUACCUGUACCUGUCAAACGCAAGCAAGUAUUUCAGUGUGUUUGAUGGAGAUGUGUGACUCCACAGGCGUGGGCUGAUCUAACCCCUAGAGGAGCACUACAACAUAUGGGAACACUGUUCUGGAAAGAGCGUGUGGCGCAGAUAUGACACCACCAAGUCUGUUAGCCUGUGAUUUGUAGCACAAAGGACAUUGGAGAGUUGUUUAAAAAAAACUCUUUUCCUAUGCAAUAUGUAAAUACGGGAUACCUCUAACCGUAUACCCAGACGCUUUUUUGCUUUCUUUUAAUUGUUUCUUUUUUAAGGAACCACGCAUGUGCCACUUUGUCAGCUAUAAAAUUAAAGCACACAGUAAAAAAAAACAUCUCUGUUGUAAUACAAACAAUAAAAGCCCCUUGGUGAUAAAGAGAACUUACAUGUUUCUUUAAACGCAAGAAGAAGUUUUUCUUUACGUUGGUCGAGUAGAAAUACUCCAAAAUGACAUGAAAUAAAAUAUUUACAUUAA